AUGGAAAUCAAGGAUAAGUUUGAAUUUGAGAAGCCACAGCCGCUGAGAGGCCCGACUCAGUAUAGGAACAAGAACAAGUAUUGUCAUUACCACAAGGAUGUGGGACAUGACACGAACGAUUGCAUCAAUUUGAAGAGACUGCUGGACAAGCUAGCUGAGAAGGGCAUGCUAAAUUCGUGUGUGAUGAAGUCCAAAUUCACUUACACACGGAUAAACAACACGUCCGAGCAAAGACAGAAGAACGAUAAGAACAAAGAUAAGGAAGAUGACGGCAACAUCACUGAUUCAGGUUUUGUGGCUGUGAUAUCAGGAGGAUUUGCCUCAGGUGGCCCCACUAUGAGAGGGAUCAAGCAGGACACCCGCAACCUAGGUAAGGUGAUGCAAAUGGACUCAGUGAAGGCCGAACCUUUCCCCGAAGUAAUCAUCAGUGAAGCCGAUCGGGGGGAGGUCAAAGCCUUGCACAAUGAUCCCAUGGUAUUCAUUAUGAAGAUAGCCAACUUGAAGGUCGGACGAAUAUUGAUUGACACGGGUAGCGCGGCUGAUAUCAUCAGCCUGGCCGCCUUGAAGAAUCUAAGCUUCCCAGAGGAUGCUCUCCAGGACAUCACUCACCCGUUGGUUGGAUUUGGGGGGAAUGUCAUUCACCCAGUGGGGCGAAUAGACUUACCUGUCCGAUUUGGGCAAAAAGGGGAAGGAAGAGAUAUGGUUGUCCGCUUCUUGGUUGUGAAAGAACUGACUGGAUAUAAUGUCAUACUCGGUCGUCCUACACUUAAUGCAGAAAAAGCAGUCAUUGUGCCUCACCUAAUGCUGCUAAAGUUUGAGAGGACGGACGGGAAAAUAGGCACAAUCCAAGGAAGUCAGAAGAUGGCAAAAGAAUGUAAUCAGUUGGCAGUUAAGCCUACAACGCGCGGACCAAAAUCGUCCGAGCCAAAAGAAGAAGGAACCUCACUCCCAACACAGCAGGUCGGCCAGAAGCGUAAGGCAGCCAAGAUAGAGCAAGCAUAG